CGCAGUGUGGCGCCGAUGCUCGUGCGCACAGCACGCUCACACGGGACGCGCGUGCGCACUACACGCGACCUGUCAAAUCGCGCUCACAGUUCCGAAUUCGAAUACGGCCCGCGGAUUGGACGGUGCGAACCAUUUCAAAAAUGGAACGAAUGUUCAACCUCUUUUGCGUUGAUCUGACCUAAUCUUUGAAGUCACUGGCACAAACGAUAUUGUGUUUAAAAAACAGUGUCUAUAUAAAGGAUGUGACAAUAGUUCCCCAACACAAACAGCACAGUGUAUCGAUAUGUGCUAAUCGUUCUCUAGGUCUGCUCAAUUUAGUCCAGUGAUGCCAAGGGCAUGAAUUUUGACUUGUUAAAAGUGUGAACUAAAAAGGUGUGAACUAUUGAAUUUGCUCAAAGUAGUGUAUUUGUACAUAAACUAUAUACUCGUAUAUAUAACGGAUUUGUAGUUAUUUUCGUGUUGUAUAUAAUUAUUGGAAAAAGGAUUGUUUCUGUACUGGAUUUUUAGCGGUAGAGUGAGGCGCUGGGGGGGUCAUCGUGUCGCGCAUGAUGCCAACGGUCGCGGCGCGGGGCGACGCCGACCGGAGCGUGCCACUACAGCUGACUGCAUCCAGCCAUCAUGUUUACCAGGUUCGACCAAGGCAAAUCAACGAAAGGCGCGAGCAAACUCCGUCGCGACCUGAUCAACGCAGAGAUCGCCAACCUCCGGGACCUGUUGCCGCUCCCCCCUUCCACCAGGCAGAGGCUCUCGCAGCUCCAACUUAUGGCACUGGUCUGCGUGUACGUCAGGAAGUCCAACUACUUUCAACAAGUCUUCAAACGCUUUGACAUCAACCAUCAACCCUCGACGGCAGCAAAUUUCGGAUUUUCAAAGGCUUUAAACGGAUUCCUAAUGAUGAUGACGCAGAACGGCAAACUUCUAUACAUCUCUGACAACGCGGCCGAGUACUUGGGACAUUCCAUGGAGGACCUCCUCAUCCACGGCGACAGCGUGUACGACGUCAUAGAUAAGCAAGACCAGCAAGCAGUGAGGACAGAGCUGUCUCGGGCGCCGACUGAUGGAGAAGACAGGGUAUUCCUCUGCAGGAUGAAUGUUGCUAGAAAUGCUAGGAGGCAGAUGAGGUUCGGGGAUCAGAAGGUGGUGUUAGUGCGUGGUCACUUCGUCUCAUACCUGCCGCUGUGCAGCCGCAAUGAGCCGGUGUUUCUGGCGCUGUGCACGCCGCUCGCCAUGCCCGAGACGCGCGAGUGCGUCGUGCAUGGCGCUACCAACGUUUUCACCACCGUACACGCCAUGGACAUGAAGAUACUGCACAUUGAUGCUAAUAGUGAGUGGCACCUGGGCUGGGAGCGGAGUUCACUGCACGGGGUCAGUUGGUACCAUCUCUUACAUCCUGACUGCUGCAAGGAGGCCCAGAGCAAACAUCGAUUAAUCACCCAGUCGGAGCAAGAAAGGUCCUGCAUAGCACUACUCCGGCUGCAGCGAAGGUCUGGCCAGUUCCUCUGGGUGCACGCCGUGCUGCAGCUCAAGGACAACUUGGAAAACUCACAGCGGCCCGUCAUAGUCUGCACUAACCAGGUUUUAAGUGAACAAGAAGCCGCAGUGAUGAAGGCAAAUCCGUGGCUCUACCACUACUACGCGGUACAAUCUAAACUCCACUACGGUCUGGCUUACGAAGCAGCUACAAGAAUGUAUGGCCCACCACCCCCAGAUCUUCAAGUUUACCCACCAACGAUGCAGUAUACCCCAGCACCUCCUGUCUGCAUUAACGGGAACCAACCAGUCAUGAUGCCAAACCCUGGACUCCAACCUCACAUAAGCCAUGUGCCGGCGCAUCUAGCCCCCAUGCAUUAUGCUUACGAGAGACCUGAAAACGGCCCUGUCGAUUAUUCUGUCUCUCUCCAAGACAACAGGUACCACAAUAUGCGGAUAGAGGAUACGAGAAUUCAACCUAAUGCGAAACGAAAAGGAAAAAAUGGCGACGAUAAACCGAAUACGCCGGUUUCCAUGUCUCCUCGGUGUACGCCGUCCACGGUGACAUCAGGAGACACGUUAGUGGCCGUUUCGGCUGGUUCUAUUGCUAGUAGGCGACCAGGAUCGAAAAACUUCAACAUAACAGAAACCGAAAUGGUUGACCAAUGGAAUCCUAGUCCUACGUGGUCAGAAUCGGCACUGCAAAAGGUUCCUGACGUGUGUCAUCAAGAUUUGAGUCCGUACGUCACAACCACACCUCCCACACCCAGUGGCACCCCUUCAGCGUACACCCAUAACUAUAGUCAUACGUUUGUGUUUGAUUGGUCACCAGAGCAAUAUGUUCCUCAUACUAACAAUAGAUGUAACACAGUAACCACAGAA